GUGGAAUCGCGCGUCCAAAGCCAUGAACGUGAGAGUGGUGAGCACAAAGAUCAUCAAACCCGUCCAUGAUCACAACUCUCCUCAACCUAUCGCUCGAUCGAUAACAUCAAUAACACUAAGCGCUUUCGACAGGGUCAGCGAGGAUAUGCACAUUGCCGCCAUCUACGCCUUCCGCCCGCCAGCCCCUUCCAACUCUGCGGUUGCGACCGGACUCGCCAGGGUCCUGUCGCACUACCCAGAGUGGGCCGGUUGGCUCGGCCACGAUGAAAACAACAACCCUGCGAUACUCCUUAACGACAAAGGCGUGAAGCUCACCGAGGCUUCUGUGGAUUCCACUUUCGACGAGGCCGUGCCACUCGACCUCUCGCCGGUGCAUUUGAGCCUACAACCGAGCAAGCAUGGUAUUGAGGAGCUGCUCCAGGUGCAGCUAACGAGGUUUGCAUGCGGGGCGCUAGUGGUAGGCUACACCAUGCACCACCGCGUCGCUGAUGGCCAUGCCGCAAGCCAAUUCCUUGUCGCCUGGGGCCGUGCAUGCCGUGGCCUUGAAGUACACCGCCACUCCUCACUCGACCGCUGUUCGUUAUUCAGCCCGCGCAAUCCACCGCACGUUGACUUCGAGCACCGUGGCGUGGAGUUCGCAUCGGAGGAGUUCGCGCGGUGUUUAGACUACUCCUUCAAAGGCAAGAUCAUAACUUACAAAGCGCACUUCACCAAAGAGUUCUUGAAGAAGCUCAAAAGCCAGGCAACGUCCGGGGCACCACCACGGCGGUCGUACACCACAGUCGAGAGCUUAGUAGCGCACCUAUGGCGAGCAGUGACCAUCGCCCGCGGGCUCGACAAAAACGACACGACCAACGUGCGCAUCUCCGUGAACGGGCGAACGCGGCUGCGCCGGAACGUGCCAGACGACUACUUCGGCAACCUGAUUCUAUGGGCCUACCCGCGUACCACGGUUAAAGAGCUCGUGUCCCGGCCACUGCACUACGUGGCGGAGCUCAUCCACCGUGCAGUGGCGGAUGUCGACGAACGAUACUUCAAGUCGUUCGUCGACUUCGCGAGCUCAGGGGCGGUGGAGGCGGAGGGGCUGGUGCCGGCACCGGAGCCGAAGGGGAGGGACAUGUGUCGGAACCUGGACGUGGACAGCUGGAUUAGGUUUCCGCUGUAUGAGUUGGAUUUCGGUGGUGGGAGCCCCUUCUACUUCAUGCCCUCCUACGUGCCGGUGGAAGGGUUGGUGAACUUCUUGCCUUCUCUGGUAGGAGAUGGAAGGAUCGAGGUGCAUGUAUCGUUGUUCGAUCACAACGUGGCUGCGUUUCAACAGUUAUGUUACUCUUUGGACGCAGACACGAGAAACUACGUACAUACUCAUGGAUAUGGUGUUAUGUCGCCAGGAUACAAUCACAAUUGGGAUCAAGUAGAUAAAGUGAAGGAAAUGGCUAGGCUUUGAUCGAAGGAAAACCAACAGUGGGGUAUGUGAUGUGGAUCUUGCGCAACUUAUAUUCCAAUAAAAUCCAAAAAUUAGCAGGGUCAUGCAUUUUCUUCUAUUAAUAUGUGCUUUCAUAGCAAAUAUUCGGUUUUAAAUGUAACAAAAACAUUUAUAUAUGUUUUUUUUGGUGCCCUUAAAGUUUGUAUAAAGAUUAUUUCAAAUAAGAAAUAAAAUUAAAUCGCAGCCGAAAAUACUUUGUUGCUAGCAA